AUGUAGAGAAAAUAAAUCCUUGUAUUGGCCUGGAACGUCACGUGCAGGUUAUUAGAAGAAAAUGUCAACAAAUAAGAGUCCCUCAUUGUUUAAGGCUAUUUUUAUCUUCCUUAUUAUGCAAGCCUUUGGUAUUGUCUCUCGUAGUAAAGGGUACCCGGCAUACUCCUAUGAUUUUAAUAUGUUUCCAGUUCCGGAGUGUCCCAUGAAUUCUUCAACCUUUCAGCGUGCUGCAAUAAGGAUGAAUUGCACAACAGAUACUAGAUAUUUAUGUUCUCCUGAUAAUCAACUACAAAGUUUGAUAGAAUUUUGUACGAACCGUAAAAGGAAACUUUAUGGCCCAGAUUCUUGUGUCAGACUUGAAGGAAGAGGUGACCUUAACCAUGUCAAAUGUGUGAAAACUUUUUCUGAGGGUUGUCCAAACACAUCAUUUUACGAUGAGCAAAUUUAUAAAUUUCCAGCGUGCCUACACAUUAACACAGCAUAUAAGUGUUUUAAGGCUGACAAGAACUGUUCUAGUAUACAUCUAAACGGUUCUCAAGAAAAAAAGAUGACUGCUGGAGAUUGGAAGCUAGCUAUAAUUUUGGGAGUCCUUCUACCAUCCAUAAUUUUAUUUAUUUUUCUGAUAUCUUUACUGUAUUGGAGAAAAGUUAAAACUAAGAAAGAAAAUAAAGAUAUUAACCUUGGAGAACUUAGACAGCUUAAACAAUUUCUCGCAAAAAAGUAUGUGAAGGUAAAUCAUGCAAGAUGCAUCAUAGUUGGAUGUACAAAAGCGGGAAAAACAACUCUUUUAAAGCGAUUACAAGACAAACCAUUUAAAGAUGUGAAAAACGUAGAAGAAACGCAGGGGGUUGACGUCCAUGCAAAUAGCUUUGAA